AUGGAACAUUUUUUAAAACUGAAAACUCUUAUUGAUGAAUCAGAAAAUAUUACAAAAAUAAAUUUACAGCUAGAAAAGUGCUUAGAUAAAUUACUUGAUAAACCAGAUAAAGCUAAAUUUUGUAUUUUGUAUUAUUUAAUAGAUAUGAUAAAUGAGGAGAGUAAAAUUAAAGAAAGAACAAAAAAGGUUAUUAAUUUAGUUAGAUUUCCAUUGAAAUUUAAUUCUAAAAUAGAUUAUUGA